GGUCACGUGGGCCAGGCCGGAACCCGGCGCCUCCCGCUCGGCUGGGCUCAGGAUGCGCGGCGGGCAGGUCGCGGCGCGGGCCCCGGUGAUCCAGUUCACCAACUGCCGCAUCCUGAGGGGUGGCGCGCUGCUCAGGGAGGACCUCUGGGUGCGCGGGGGCCGCAUCCUGGACCCGGAGAAGCUGUUCUUUGAGGAGCGGCGCGUGGCUGACGAGCAGCGGGACUGCGGCGGCUGCAUCUUGGCGCCCGGCUUCAUCGACGUACAGAUCAACGGUGGAUUUGGCGUUGACUUCUCACAGGCCUCGGAGGACGUGGGUUCGGGGGUUGCCCUAGUGGCCCGGAGGAUCCUGUCGCAUGGAGUCACCUCUUUCUGCCCCACGUUGGUCACAUCGCCACUGGAGGUUUAUCACAAGGUCCUUCCUCAGAUCCCCGUGAAGAGUGGUGGUCCCCAUGGGGCAGGGGUCCUCGGGGUGCACCUGGAGGGCCCGUUCAUCAGCCGGGAGAAGCGGGGCGCGCACCCCGAGGCCCACCUGCGCUCCUUUGAAGCUGAUGCUUUCCAAGACGUGCUGGCCACCUACGGGGGCCUGGACAAUGUCCGCAUCGUGACACUAGCCCCCGAGCUGGGCCACAGCCACGAGGUGAUCCGGGAGCUGACGGCCCUUGGCAUCUGCGUGUCCUUAGGGCACUCGGUGGCUGACCUGGGUACCGCGGAGGAAGCCGUGCAGAGUGGGGCCACCUUCAUCACCCACCUCUUCAACGCCAUGCUGCCUUUCCACCACCGCGACCCGGGCAUCGUGGGGCUCCUGACCAGCGAUCGGCUGCCUGCAGGCCGCUGUAUUUUCUACGGGAUGAUUGCUGAUGGCAUACACACCAACCCAGCCGCCCUGCGCAUCGCCCACCGGGCCCAUCCCAAGGGGCUGGUGCUGGUCACUGAUGCUGUCCCUGCACUGGGCUUGGGCAAUGGCCGACACACGCUGGGGCAGCAGGAGGUGGAGGUGGAUGGGUUGACAGCCUAUGUGGCAGGCACCAACACACUGAGUGGCAGCAUCGCCCCGAUGGACACCUGCGUGCGGCACUUCCUGCAGGCCACAGGCUGCAGUGUGGAGUCCGCUCUGGAGGCUGCGUCCCUGCAUCCAGCACAGCUGCUGGGGCUGGAGAAGUGCAAGGGGACCCUGGACUUCGGGGCUGACGCAGACUUCGUGGUGCUCGACGACUCUCUUCAUGUCCGGGCCACCUACAUCUCGGGCGAGCUGGUGUGGCAGGCGGAGGAGGCCAGGCUGUGACCCAGGACCACCGCUGGAGGGGAUGCCCAGCCACAGCUGGACACUGUUGGUUGGGCACUGGGGAGCUGGUCUCCACAGAGCGAAGGGAGCCUCGGCCCAGGUGGAGGCCUCGGCCCGGAGGCGGCGGCUUGGAUAAACGUGUGCCCCGUAGGGACGCGCCUGGUCUCUGAGUUUUGCUUCACAGUGGGACUUUGUUCCGCCCUCACCACAUGCCUUUGGUGGGGGUAGGUGGGUGUUUGUCCCUUAGGGUUGGUAGUGGCCUCUCUACCCUACCUGUGGGAUUCUGGGGCUCAGUGGAGGCAGCGGGGCCCCUCUCUGUUAGAUGGAUGUGUCGGAGGCCUCAGCCCCACAGGCAGAUGGGCCAGUUGCAAAGGUGUGAAGGGCCGGAGGAAGGGGCUUAGGGAGCAAGCGUGAGGGUUAAGUUUGCCUGUGGCGCUGAGGGAAAGGGAGCUACAUCUUGGAAUGUUCAGCAGGAAAGAACAGGAUCCAGUGCUCCUGGAGACAAAGAAAUGGUGGAAGGAGCUGGAGAAGGGAGGGGCCUCAGGUGGGCACCGCAGAGGGUUUGGGAGGCAAGGGUGUGCCAUGGGUCAUUGUCUGCACUCCUGAGUUGGGUGGGCAGAGUGGAGGCCCAGGGCCACAGCACUGGACUGAGACACGACACCGGGCCCUCCUCUCUGACCUUCCAGAGAAGUCUGCACUGGGCUUGGGGACCCUGGGCUGACCCUGGUCAACCUGCCCAACCAGCAGUCCAACGCUGCCUGGAGCCCUUGGGAUAAUCAGGGCUCCAACCCCACCUCCUGACCCGACUCCUGAGCAGGUGCAAUGAUCCAUGUGCCCCUGGGGUUGGCAGAAAUGUGGGCGACCCUGCCUGUGCUGGUGGGCCACUCGAGGUCCUCGGUGUGUGUCCCCCAUCCGACCUCUGUGUCUGUCCAUCAGUGUCAUCCUAUGCCUUCUGUGUCCCUGGCCCUGGCGAGAGCCCGCUGUGCUGGGAGCUUGGGCUCUUGGGCUCCUUAGAUAGAACAACUUUGAGGUGUGGGGCAGGGGGUUCAGGGGUGGCUUGCUGGCUCUGAGGACUGUGACCCAGCAGGGGUUGGUGCAGCCCCAAGCCUGAGGUCGUC